UUUAGGAGAAAGAUGACGUUCAAGUACAGCCAGCGGUCUCUACUAGUGCUGUCUCUACUAGGCAUUUUAUCGGCCAUCAUGUCUGUUUUAUCGGUCAUUUUGAUUUUCCAGCUUCAGUCUCAACAGACGGCGGUGAAGGAGUCUCCCCCUUCCACCUCCUCGGUUAUACCCGCUCAUAUCUGGGCCGUGCUGCUGCCGGUCUCCACGGUGCUCUCGGCUCUGUCCCUCACCCUCCAUCUGAGCUCUGUGGUAGUGUGUCUUCUCCACAGCUACUUUUCAACAGAGGUUUGCAGAGGAGACCAGGAUACUGAGAGAGCAGACUGGUUCCUUUUGGAUAGCAGAGCUGUACGACAUGUGGCUAUUGGACUGUUCUGCCUCGGGGUUUCUGUCUAUUUGGCAGCUAUGUCCAUCUUCAUGCUGCUGAUAUUUGAGGUGGAGACAGGCAUCGCAAGUGCCUGCAUACUCUCCUCAGGGAUCUUAAUCCUACUGGUUGUUGUGAUCCACUCUCUGGUCAAAGCUUCCUGUAGUGCCAAGCGCUACGACGACCACCUCGACACCCUCUACCAGAAUGACCACGGGAGCAGCAGCACGCCUGUCUCCCGAUCCUGCGAGCUCAAAGUUGGUGUGGACAAACCGCGGAUGCACCGCAGCCAGUCUCACAUCCAGCAUCCGAUCUCCUACCCUCACUAUAGCAACCCGAGACAGCGAGAACAGUACCAGCAACAGCAGUACUCCCCGGCUGGAGGUUCCCAGGGCAACGCAAGUGAUAAAGACGGCUACAGCAGUGGUGGCAGUUGUCCCAGAAUGCACAGGACCCUGUCUACUGAAUCUGGCCUACUGCAGGCUCAGGCUAAACCCUGGAAUGGGGUUAACAAUGAGAUGAGGAGUGUCCUUGCUCGCAAGUCAGGGAUUUCCGCAAAAGACUCUACUCUUGUGUGACACAAAGCAGGCACAGCUCGGGGUUAAAGGCACCGAUUAGCUGACCGCUAACACAGUUGUCAUCUCAAACAGAUGUACAACUGUCAAUUUGUACCUUUUUCACUCAGCAUGUUUAUCCUGACUGACUGUAGACAACAUGGGACAGAGAUUGAAAAACACACCCAAGUUUCACCUUCAUCAACUGAUUUCUCCUGUUCAGAUUAUAGAGCAUUUUUGAUUUGAUUUGAACAUGUUGAGCACAAGUUUUGUAUAAUUGUAAGUGUUUUGUAUAAAUGAAUUUGAAUCUCAUUACACAACCCAAUGUUGCCCAAGGAUCAACAUGGCAAAUUUAUAGCUUUCAUUGUUAUAAUGUAAAUACUUCAUUCUGCUGUAAAGGGUGGCUUUUUGCCAAAUAUGUGUGCAAAAUGUUCAAAUGUGUUUUGUUAUAGGUUAUGGGUUCGUAGUUCAACUUUUAAUGAAUUAAUUUGUGGAAAUAUAAUUCAGUUUAAAAGUAGGAUGUUUUUUGACACAUAAAUAAGACAUUAAAAUAAUGUUCAAACACUUUCAAUGUAAUUUAAAUGCACAAUUCAAUAAUUUCUGAAAGAGUUUUGUUAAUUUUAUGUCAAAACAUAGGCCUGAAUGUGAUUACGUUAUGUCUGGAGG